AUGCAAAGAUAAGACUCAAAAUAUUUCGACGAAAGAGUGGAAGUAGAAUAGUAAACUAUCAAUGGCAUCAGCAGCAGCAAGUCUGUCAUGGGGUUCAUCCUCUUGGUUCAGCAGUCACUGCUUAACCCAAUGCAUGAGACCUGAAGCCACAAAAUUGCCUGAGAAAACUUCAAUUUUAAUGGUGGUGGCUCAAAAAAAAGCCAAGAAAACCAGAAAGAUUAUACUGAAAGAGGAUGUAGCAGACUUAGGCAAAAAGGGUCAGCUUAUGGAUGUUAAAGCUGGUUUUUAUAGAAAUUAUUUGUUCCCAUUGGGCAAGGCUCAAAUUGUGACACCCCUACUUCUCAAGGAAAUGAAGAUGGAAGAGGAGAGAAUUGAGGCUGAGAAAAAGAGGGUGAGAGAAGAGGCACAACAGCUUGCUCUAAUUUUUGAAACUGUUGGAGCUUUCAAAGUAAAGCGAAAAGGUGGCAAGGGAAAACAAAUUUUUGGAAGCGUUACUGCACAGGAUCUUGUUGACAUAAUCAAGGCGCAGACACAGAGGGAUGUGGACAAAAGGAUAGUAUCCGUUCCAGAGAUCCGGGAAACAGGGGAAUACAUUGCAGAAUUGAAGCUUCAUCCUGAAGUUACUGCUAGAGUAAGGUUGAUUGUGUAUGCCAACUGAGGAAAGGCACCUUUCAAGAGAGUAGAAUCAAGCUAUAGACUUUGCUCUUUUAUUGGAUUGGACUGGUUCCUUUAAUGUACAUGAUCAUUCAAUGAUUGGAUUCAUUUUUGGAAGAUUACUCCCCCUCCUGAAAAAGAAUAUGGGAAAAAACAACGGGAAGAAGAGAUGUGAUGUCAUAUUCGACUUGGGAAGGUGAUUGGAGCGUUUAAUUUCUUCGGCAACCAAACAUUUCUUUGUAACAAACUUUGACAUUGCAUCAACUUUUCAAGGUGUACUUUUGCACAUCUCCAUUAAUUCUAGAUAAUUAACUAUUUGCUA